UAAUUUUCAAAGUUCAAAUAAGAAGGUUUGUUAACUUGUAAAGUGAAAACAUCAAUAUUUAUAUUUCUUAAAAUAUAAUAUUACCUAAAAGAAUACCUGUUUGGCGCAUUGAAGAAAUUGUGGUGUAUAUGCAUCAUUUAUUUGUAUUUUUAUGUGGGAUUUAUAGUUACAAACGUAAUGUCGAAAGUAAAUAAACGGAAACAUGUAAUGAAUGAAGCAUUGUGGGACGAUUAUGAGCUACCAAAAGAAAAUCAAAGCAUCGUGAAGGUAUUGAAAAGCAGAGGAAAUAACUUACAUGAGAUUGCCACACCCAAAGGUGAAGAAUACCUUGUAUCAAUGCCAACAAAGUUCAGAAAAAAUAUUUGGGUUAAACGGGGUGACUAUGUUCUUGUUGAACCAAUUAUUGAAGGAGACAAAGUCAAAGCAGAAAUAGUGAAAAUCAUGAAUAAGGACUCAAUAAAAUACUACAAAGAAAACAAAAUUUGGCCAACGGAAUUCGAUGAGAACAAAAAAGUUAAUGAUGAAAUUGAAGAUGAUAUGUUUGUAAAUACAAACAGAGUAAAUGUAAAUGUAUAUUAUAGUGAAAGUGACUCUAGUGAAUUAAGUAACUCUGAAAGUUGCAGUGAUCAGGAAAGUGAAAAAAAAUAAAGAUUUUAAUGUUAA